AUGGCCGCGGUUACCAAUUCGAAUCUCGAAGAAGCUGCUAAUGUGGCUGCAGAAUGCGUUUCAAGUUUGGAUAACUUGCCCAACGAAGUACAGCACAUUCUAGGCGAGAUCCGCCAUCUCGAGAAACGGUGUCAUGUGGAGCUUACCAUUUUUGCUUCGCCUCCGGGUCGACUUCUGACCUCAGCUCUCAAUGCUGAUAUCGUGAAGGACCAGAAUCGAUACAUUAAACAUUCCCUCCGCCAAAGUAACCAAGGCGGGUUCAAUGCUACCUCCUCCCAGGCCUCGUCUGGAAAUGAUGGCCAAGGGAACAGCGGGAAUUCCAAGGCACACCUUCCCGAACGCAUCGCAGCAGCCUAUGCCCUGGUCGAAGUACUCAAUAACGAGAAAAUAGAGCUCGCAAAACGGCUGAUAGCUUUGCUGAGCCGGGCACAAGCCCGCCUCGACGCAGACGUCGUCCGGGUUCGGACCCUCCAAGGCGAACAUCCGGAAGACAUACAACCGUCGCUAUCUGGAGGCCCAAACCCCGCAGCGCAGAUCAGCGAGAGUUUGCGUUCUGCCUUGAGUGGCACCUUUGCGUCCGCGGAUUCGGUAUCUGCUAUCCGAGCAGGGACCCCGCCUGCUACCUCUGUCCCUUCACUACACGGCAACAAGAAGCGUCGACUUAAUGGUACUCCAUCCAUUAAGCUGCCUGCACCUUCGCCUGUUGCGACGAGUGCACGGGCUCAUAGUUCACGUCACCAUACCAAAGCCCAGGUACAACCAGAGCCUGAAGUGGAAGAUGUACCGGCCGAGGAAGAGUAUGACGAAGGCGAGGAAGAAGAGGACCUUACGUUGUACUGUUUCUGCCAGAAGCAAAGUUACGGAGACAUGAUUGGCUGCGACAAUGCCGACUGUCCAUACCAAUGGUUCCACAUCAGUUGCGUCGGAGUCAAAACCCCUCUCCCAGACAAGUGGUACUGUCCCGAAUGUCAGAAACAACGGUCAGAGCGUCGCAAGAAUCGCAGGAAGUAG